UCUAGGUCUCUUGCUAAUGAUUCCAUCCACAAUAUGACAAAACUCAGUGGAACAAUAAUAUUUCAUGACACCUCACUCAUAAAAAGAAAAAAAAAAUGAAAUUUUGACAUACAAACUCGCAACUCACUCUCAAUUUUCAAACUUCCUGCCUCAUUUUUCUUCCUGACUUCCUGUUUCAACGCCCUCAGUACCUCAUAUCUUCACCACCACCCAUUGCUCUACAUGUGCUUACCAUCUCUGUUCUGACAUUUCUCUAUAUCUCCCUCCAUCCUCUGCAUCUUUCAUGGUCAAAUUCUGCAUCAAAUCUUCAGCUUCUUAACACAUUCCAUGCCUCCUGAGAGAGCACAACCUCACCUCAUAAUCCCAUCACCACCACCACCACUACAAACUCCAUCAAACUCUCUUGUGUCCGGUUUCCCAAUUGUAACAAUUUCCAUUAUAGGCAUCCUCGCCACAGCAAUUCUCCUCAUGAGCUACUAUGCCUUCGUGACCAAGUGCUGCUUGAACUGGCAUCAAUCCAACACCAUCAGCCAACUAAUCCAGCUUCGCCUCCGCCAUAAUCGACACCAUGACGACAUCUUAGCGCUUCAGUACUCCGUCAUGCUCGACAUCCGUGGGCUCGACGAAUCGACAAUUCAAGCAAUCCCCACAUUUCGAUAUCGAACAGACAGAGUGGAGAGUUCCUCCAAUGAAUGUGCGGUUUGCCUGAAUGAGUUCAAAGAAGGGGAGAGGGCUAGAUUGUUGCCUAACUGCCUUCAUAUCUUCCAUAUCGAUUGCAUUGAUGCAUGGCUUCAGACGAACGCGAAUUGCCCGCUUUGCAGGUCUGAGAUCACGACCACUGAGCCAAUAGUCACCAAUUCAAUCGCGGAGGAAAAUCCAGAUCAGAAUUCAGCUGAAAUUGUGAGGAUUGGUAUUGAAAUGGGGCAUGAUGAGGCGCAUGUGAGUGAUGAAGAUGGUAAUGGUGGCGGCCAUGAAAGGUUUGCAGAGCUGAGGGUUAAUCGGAAAAAUAAGGCUGCUUUCGUCUCUUGUAUGGGAGAUGAGUGCAUUGAUAGUCGAAGCAGAGGUGGAGAGUUUGGAGUGCAGCCCAUGAGGAGAUCUUUCUCCAUGGAUUCUUCUAAUAACAGGCUACUGUACAUUGCAGUGCAGGAGAUACUGCAAAAGAAUACAAAUUUCUAUACCAGUGGUGGUGAGGAAAGCAGCAGUGGCAGCCCUGCUAGGGUUAAAAGAUCAUUCUUCUCUUUCGGACAUUCGCGUAGUUCGAAGAAUGCUGUUCUACCGAUCCUAAAUGAAUUGUAAGGUAUCACGGUGUAUUUGGACAUUUUUUUUUGAAAGAUUGCGAGUAAAAUGGAGAGGGUGAAUUUUGGAUUUGAGGAGGAAGAUUACUGUAAAACACAUUGAAUUAGUGGGUGGUUUCUUCUACAAAUUUCACUCAAGUUUUCUUUUUCUUUUUUUUUUCAUUGAAUUGACUUAAAUUUACAUGGGCUUGAUCAAUGGAGAUAAGAAGAAAAUAGGUUUC